AUGGAAAUAGCAGGGGCUCAUUGGGAGAAUUUAGCUCAUUUCCUAAGUUCUUCUUCACUUGGAGACAGAGCACACAUAAUAAUAUCAGCAGACGAAUCCCUGAGGAACAUUUUUGCCGCAAGAGUUGAGAAGCAGAGUGAGAGCAACGGGAAUUUUGACAGGAGCAACUCCGAGAAUGCUGUGCACAGACAAACGGCAGCUUCAAAGUCAGCCAAACCUUUGAUGAGCGAGCAACACUCCUGGCUCGGUGGUGUACCGAUGACCUCACUAACCAGACCUAACCAGCUCCCACACACUCCAAAUUUGAGUGUGUCUCUUGGACAUUUCGUGGUGGCUUGUUUUGCGGGAGGGGGAGGGCAUGGCUUGACGGUGGCUCCUGGUGUAACAUGGCCGAAGAAGAAUGUUAUGUUAAGGAGCAGCAAGAUGAGAAGAGAUCGCAAAGCUUUCGAGAUACCCAUUAGGUUUAUCUUGAAACUAGUGCUAUGUGAUACCUAUGAGGAAGAAGAGAGGCCUUAA